UGGCAACCAGCGAUGUUAUUAAUGGAAGCCGCUGACUGGCUGACGUCUCUAUAACGAAUGUUUCUAGUUUCCACUCGCUAAAACAACAAGUAUGUCUGAUGGCCCCAAAGAGACCCAUUCUCCUCUACAAAACAAUGAUGUACCAGAAGCAGAAAAUGUUCCAGUAUCCAAUGAUAACAACAACAUGGAGACUGAUGUACCAGAUGUCCCAGAUGUCCCAGAUGUCCCAGAUGUCCCAGAUGUCCCAAAUGUCCCAGAUGUCACAGAUGUCUCAGAUGUCACAGAUGUCCCAGCUGUACCAGAUGUCCCAGAUGUCCCAGCUGUCCCAGAUGUCACAGAUGUCCCAGCUGUACCAGAUGUCCCAGCUGUACCAGAUGUCCCAGAUGUCCCAGCUGUCCCAGAUGUCACAGAUGUUACAGAUGUCCAAACUGAAACAGAUGCACCAACAUCUAACAAUAACAUUGUGAGUGAGAGUGACCCACCGAAUGAGGUACCAAAUGUUACUGAAGCAUCGACCAGCAACCAGGAUAUGAAUAACAAGGUAUCGAGCACUGUAGUGUCUGCAAAAUCUGAUAAGCAGGAGGGUCAUGCCAACCUAUCAAAAUCAAGAGUACAUUCUAGAAAGAGUUCUGUAACCAGCAGCAAAGCAUCAUCUGCUAGAAGGUUGCACUCAUUGGACCUCAACACACCCGUCUCUGGUGGAGCCCAAAAGAAAAAAAAGAAAGUGGCCAAAACUCCUGAAAAGCGAUCGGGCAAGAAAGAGGACGACAAAGUUCUCUACUCCACCUCCCUGGCGUCGACGCUACCAGAUUUUGUGUUUCCCUUGACACUACUCGACCAGACCCAACUCAUCUUCAACUGUGUCGCAGACCACCAAAUCAAUGCUGAAAAUCCAUUCCUGAUGCUCAGGAAGGACGCCAUUCUUGAGGACAUGAAGAACAGGGCUGCUGUCUCUGAUUUCUAUCCCUUCAAGGAACAAAUUAUUAAAUAUGCAGGAGAUGAACUUAUGCUGUUCUACGACCAUGAAUAUAAAUAUGGUGGAAAUUUUUGCAUCAUUUUGUCUGAAGAAGCUAAAGCGAAGAUGUACCAGUUUAUUAAGGUGAUCGUGAGCAGUAGGAAGAUCAGAAAAGAAUUUAUGCUCCCGUGCGAGUUGGACGACGCGAAACCUGGCACGGAGAAAGACCCGUAUGUUGGGUGCUUGGACAGUGUUGAAGGGGACUUCAGUCUGCAAAAGAUUGAGCUGGACAGAGCUAUUCAGGCUGUCCCUACUACGAAAGACACCUUCACGCAGACGAGGUGGAAAAAUCCACGGACUUCCUGUACGCAGUACAUACCACGGGAAUUCACUGAACAAGAGAAAGAGGAAAUCCAGCAGGACCCCAAACUGCUGGAGUUCAUUGUGGACGUCACCCCACUGUUUCAGGAAGCUCUGCAGCAGAACGAAAUAACGGAUGUGUUCUAUGACGACUGGCUCCAUCUUGGGAAGGAAGUGGAUAUUUCCGCCGGUCACAUUGACGGUCAGUUAAAGGAGUAUCAGUCUUUUUGUGAUUUACAAUACAGCAAAGAGAAAGCAGGAGUGUAUAUGCAGUGGCACCCGACAAUACGAGGUGUUAUUGCAAUAUCAAUGGCUGAGAAUAUUGGUUUGGAUGAAAGAAUCAAUCAAGAAUACAGAAUUUUAUUGAAACCUUCACUUAUAUUGAUCUGGUCCUUCACAGACCCUAUACACCCUCAGCUGAUGUUAGAGGCUCCUGAAGAUGUCUUUUGCUUCCAGUUCAGCCCAUCGGACCCUAACAUCAUUGCCGGGGGCUGUUUUAACGGCCAGGUGGUGUUGUGGGACAUUACCGAACAUGUCAACAGGCUGAAACAACCGAGACCGGGACAAAAAAAGCGGAAUGUAUAUCUGCCUGGUUUCGAAGAUUCUUCGUAUUUCCAAACUCCUGUCCUUCGCAACUGUGCAACGUCCAGCAUCGAGCACAGCCACACUGGUUGCGUCACAGACCUGCAGUGGUUACCCGAUCACUUUGAGAUAUCCAGAUAUGGCAUUCCUACAGAGAAUCAAGAAGGACAAUGUUGUCAGCUGAUGACCUGUGGUGGGGAUUUUCAGGUAUUUUUCUGGGACAUUCGAAACCCCAAAACGCAGAGUUAUGAUUCCGAAAAAGGGGCAGAAGUUCUGCGCGACAGAAAUAAAGUUGGUCUUCCAGACACAUUCCAGUACCUGGAUCUCACCUGGAAACCUUUAAUGAGGGUGCAAGUAAUCAAACCAGACUCCAACAAGGACUGUGCCAUCAUGAAAUUCAGCAUCGCCGAACGACAAGGGGACAGGUCAUCAAAGAAAUCUGAUGAAGACAUGAAAAGAAGUGAUGAAGGAGCCUUUAAGAGUAAUCUUAUCGCCAAAGACAAAAAAGUUCUUAAUGCAGUCAACACAAACUUCUACAUCGGAACGGAGUUUGGAGAAUUGUUCUACCUGGAUUGGGUUCCACGAAGAGACACUGAUUCUGGAAGGCUGCAGACUGAGAAACCCAAAUUCUGCAGUGAAAUGCACACUGGACCAGUUUGCGCUCUGAAGAGGUCAUACUUCAACAAACACAUCAUCCUCAUGGUUGGAGGCUGGAGGUCAUCGUUAUGGAAAGAAGGGGUACAUGUAACUAAACGCCAACUGUUGGCUGUGGGCGACACCUCGGGGACCUUGCAUGUCUUAGAAGUGCCACGCUGUUUUAUGGUUGGUCCACACAAUGAGCUGAAUUCGUUUAAUCAUUACAUUGAGCGAGAGGUGAAGAGGUUGGCAUACAUCAACGAAAGAUGGAACAUUCAUGAGAAUGAAAGGUAUCGACAGAAACCUACCAGAAAACCUACCAGUCUCCAGCCAAUGUUGUUAAUUGAAGAGGAGUACCUAACAAAGAAUGCUGCCCUCUACAAGGCUUAUCUCACCAAAGAAACUGCUGUACUGCAGAAGAUGGGACUAGCAAAAGACCAGGAGAUGCAAGAGCAGCAGCAGCAACAACAGCAGCACCAGCAGGAACAUCAGGAGGAGGAAACAGAAGCAACCAACGAAUGAAAGCUGAGAAAUUCUAAUUCUUACUUUUCAACAUGAUUCAGAAAGCUAUGUCUGUCUGUCUGUCUGUCCAUCCACCUGUCAAUCCAUUUAUCUGUCUGUCUGCAAACAGUAGGAAAGCAUAAAUUCUAAAUAUAGUUCGUACUUUGUGCUCAACAGCUGUUUCGUUAACAUCAUCCCAAAUUUAUAUGUGUGUGUGAGUGUGCACAUGUUUGUGUAUGUGCGUAUGCGUUUAUCACAAAGACUCCAGCUUCAAUAGCAGCUGAAAAAUAAUCAGCAGAAGACAUGAGAGAAGGAGACCUCAACGUGGUCACUCUACAUACUAGAAAUAAUAGCCUAAAUUUCCUUCGAUCUACACCCUUCCAACUGCUUCUAAUGUGCAUCUGCCCAAAUGUAGAAGUGUGUUUAACCCUUUUGUUAUCAACCCGGCUGAAACCACUUCUGGCUCUGUAGUACAAAUGUCUUGUUUUCAUAAGUUCUCAAUUAAAAUCUUCCACCAAACCUUAGUCACAAUUUAUGUUCCUAACACUAGCUUAAUGAUAACAAAGUUAUUUUACUAAAUUCUUUGUUAUAUUUAAAAUUAAUUGAAAGAAACACAGAGCAUCUCAACAGGAAUAGAGUAACGAAAGGGUUAAUCCUUUAUCUGUGAAAUUAAAUUUCCUGGUUAUUAUAAACAAACAUCUUAUCCAUUCAGCCAUAUACCUACAUGCUUGUAUAUGAAUAUGUGGAUGUACAUAGACAAAUAGGCAGACAGACAGAGAAAUAUCUAAUUACAUAAUUGUUAUACAUAAUUUAAAUGAAGUUAAAUCAAUCAAGUGUCAAUAUUAUAGGAUAAUACAUUUGUUGGUGUUUAUCUUAAUGAAACAGCUGUUGAUCACCAUUAAAAUACGAUGAGCUAUAUGUAAGGAAAGCAAAAAUUGUCUGUGUGUAUAUGCAGAAAAGCUUAUGAAUGUGUGUAUGUGUGAAAUUUAUACUUUUCUGCAUGCAGAAAAGCAUAUGAAUGUAUAUAUGUAUAUGUAUGUGUGUAUACACAUACAUACGUGUAUAUAUACACCAAUACAUAAUGGUGCCAUAAAUGUUUUUGUUCAGGUGUGUAUAUAAACACACUUUAUUAUAUAUGUUUCUUUUUAAACAAAUUUUGUUUUUAUAAUGUUAUUUUUAUUUCAAACAAUAAAGUUUUACACCAAA